GCUGACGCGUAGAUUAGUGUCUCCUCCUAGUUGCAGUCUGGUAGUCGUUUGUGGCUGUGUGCUGGCUCACUAUUGCCUUGAAGGCGGGAGAGCCUGUAGCCCAGGGAAGGAGGAAGUUGUAGAAGCUGAACCUGAUCCGUAGCAGGUCUUCAGGUUCCUUGGCGCAGCAGAUUUCAAGGCUAAAAGAGGAAGACGGCUUUUGAUCCCUGCAGGAAAAGUAAGCAAGAAAAAAAAAUCGCAACAUGGAAAGUGUCCCCCAGGAAAGCAAAGGAGAAGAUCAGGCUCCAGUGCAGAAUGAAGAAGAAGCCCACCCUUUGGGAGGUGGAGAAGGCCAGGAGCCUAGAGGAAAUAUUAGAGCGGGUUGGGCCCCACCUGCCCACGAUGGUAGAGAGGACAUGCCCAAUAGGCUUGUCUAUAACCUUCAAAUGAUAGACGGAGAUGCAGAUGAUAUGGAACGGUUCAUGGAGGAGAUGAGAGAAUUAAGGAGGAAAAUUAGGGAACUUCAGCUGAGGUACAGUUUGCGCAUACUUAUAGGAGAUCCCCCUCACCAUGACCAUCAUGAUGAGUUUUGCCUUAUGCCUUGAAUGCUAAGGUUAAUAAUAAUAACCCCCCUGCUUCCCAAAGUUGUAUUUUCUUGAUGUACCCUUUACUGUGAACCUGUGGUGUUCUGUCAUUUUUCUGAUUAGAUAUUUCAUUUUGACUUAGUCUGCAAGUUUUUCUGUCAGCAGGGGAGUUUCAUCAACUUGCAUGAAAAGAUGUUUAUUACAUACUGUGAAGGUAAUAAAGCAGUUAAAAAGCAA